UGGGUAAAUCUACCGACAUACAGGAAGAAAAAGACGAAGCCCAGUCGUCUGCUCUGCAAGCCCGCACACUCCCACGGUGACAAACGACCAAAUCACUGCUUGACCAGUUUAGCAGGUAUGGCUGAGUUGGCGAGUCUGGUGCAGCGGCUGGAGGUGGCGGUGGGUCGCCUGGAGUCCAUCUCAGGACCCGGAGGCAGCGGUGGAGAUUGUGCUGGGGGAGCUGUGUCGGUGUUCGUGGAGGCCUAUGACGAGAUUAUCAGCGGUCCCGUGGCUCAGUACGUCUCCCUCAGCCAGAAGAUCGGGGGCGAUGUCAAGACUCAUGCGGACAUGAUGAAGCAUGCGUUCUCCAGUCAGAGACAACUCCUCGCAACCGCCUCCUCCUCCCAGAAGCCCUCUGAGGCAGUUUUGGCGACUCUCAUGCAGCCGGUGUCCAAAGCCAUCCAGCAGGUGCAGGAGUUCCGCGAGCAGAACCGCAGGUCGCCACAGUUCACCCACCUUUCUGCUGUGAGCGAGAGCGUGCCUGCCCUCGGAUGGGUCGCCAUGGCUCCUAAACCAGGCCCCCAUGUUAAAGACAUGCUGGAAGCUGCCAUGUUCUACACCAACCGUGUGCUCAAGGAUUACAAGGAAACGGACAAGACACAUUUGGAGUGGGUGAAGGCCUACGUCUCCAUCUGGACUGAGCUGCAAAACUACAUCAAACAGCACCACACCACCGGGCUGACCUGGAGCAAGAGCGGUCCCGUAGCCUCCGCCUCUGCAGCUCCUCCCAGGGCUCCUGCUGGUGGAUGUCCUGCCCCACCUCCCCCCGGACCUCCUCCUCCUCCCAUGGACUUGAGCGGAUCGUCUGGCGGCGGUGGCGAUGACAACCGUAACGCUUUGUUCGCCUCCAUCAACCUGGGGUCAGACAUCACCAGCGGCCUGAAGCAUGUGAGCGACAAAGAGAAGACCCACAAGAAUCCUACGCUGAGGAGUAAUGCUCCAGUACGUACUGGACCAAAACCUUUCGCCUCCCCCCCUCCCCGACCUGCCGCGUUUGCCACCCCGACCCCUAAGCAGCCCCCUGUGUUUGAGCUGGAAGGGAAGAAGUGGAAAGUGGAGAACCAAGAGGGAGCGCAGGACCUGGUGAUCAGCGACACUGAGCUGAAACAAGUGGUUUAUGCUUACAAGUGUAACAAGAGCUGCCUGCAGGUCAAGAACAAAAUCAACUCCAUCACUAUAGACAACUGUAAGAAACUGGGCCUGGUGUUUGACGAUGUCGUGGGCAUCGUAGAGAUCAUCAACUGCAGGGACAUCAAGAUCCAGGUUAUGGGUAAAGUCCCCACUAUCUCCAUCAACAAGACUGACGGCUGCCAUGUCUACCUGAGCAAAGACUCGCUGAGCUGCGAGAUCGUCAGCGCCAAGAGCUCAGAGAUGAACAUCCUGGUGCCCGAAGGAGACGGAGAUUUUACGGAGCUCCCUGUUCCUGAGCAGUUCAAGACCGUCUGGGACGGCAACAAGCUCGUUACCACGUCAACGGAGAUCUCCGGAUAGACGCGGGCAGCAAAUAAAAUGGCCGCCCUGUCCUCGGUACCAUCCCCACCCUUUUUUUGCAAACGCCUUCCUGGCUGAUCGACCGCCCCACCAGCUAACUCUCACACUGUAGACUUGAGAUUUGGACCUCGUGUGUUAUACCUCCCCUCCCUCCUUUUUAAUCAGCCAAUCGCAUCUUAAGCUGUCCCCUUCCAUCAGCCAAUGAGAGGACUGCUCACUUUUAUCUGGAGCAAAAUCCUCCAGCCAAUCAGCAGGGAGCGGCUUGUUUUUCCCUGUGAGCCAGAGAGCACUUCUCCAAAACAUUCACGAGUUUUCCCAAUAGCUGCGAUGCUCUGUACAAUGUUUCGUAUCUAUCUGGAUAAUGCUAAGCUAAAUUUAACAUGUAGAAUAGCCAACAUGAGAACAAGCAUAUUGAUUCCUCUGCAAGCCAAUCAGGCGCUACUAUCAGGAGGCUUCAGGCUGUCGUUUCUCCUCUUCCUGGUCCGGAGGGGCUGGUAGGUUUCUGUUCCAUUAUAUGCAAUCCACUGGGGAAGCACUUGUCAAACAAAGGAUAAUAGCAUCCAUAUCACCUCUGCUGAUGUUGAUAAUAUUAACAUUCAUAGUGGAUAAUAAUAUGAAGAAAAAUUAAGAAAAGUCAGCACUCGGCACAUAAAUAGGAGUAAAAACAAGCUGUGUGCGCAUCAUGAAACUCCAUCUAGUUGACGUUUGAACAGUUAGAGUAGCAGGAAGAAUUUCAUUCCACGUGCUUUCCCUUUAACCCGCACAUAGGACAUUCCCGAGUAUUAAAAAACAUUCCAUGUAAAAGGAGGCAUGUAAGAAAAUGUUUGCGAUAAAGAGUAGUCGAAUAGUCUUAAAAUAUUAGCCAUCGACGUCUCUCCACUCGCUGAUUGCUCACGUCGACUCUCUCUGGCUAUCUUCAGCUCUUGAAGCUCUUCGCUGAAUUUUCAUUUAUGUUGACUCUUCUUUUUCUUUUUACCUCUAAUUCUUUUUGGAUCCAAAAAUCUGAAUUCUGCUCAUUAGUACUGGAGACAUCAUUAAAAAAAUGUUGCAAUAAAAAUAAA